UGUGGAUUACGUUGAUGAUUGAAAAUAAACAAGGAUUUAGACGGAAUUUGAGUACCUACAAAUGAUAAAGGCGGGUAUAAAAAGGCUGUAGAUUUGAUCGUUCUUCAUAAAUUCUUCAACCAUGAAGUACUUAGCCAUUCUCGUCAUCUGCCUUGCCUUCUCUGGGUACAACGGUCAAAAGCUGAAACGGUGUCGUCCUCAAAAAUGUAAAGAUGUCGAAGUGCAAAGGCAACAUCUGAUAAACUUCCCUUUUGGUUGCCUCAACUCUGAUUAUCUAAGUGAGUGGAGGAAGUGCGUCCUCCAAGACGAUCUAAGUGUCAAAUGUCCUCAGGACAAAUUCAACAAGUGCACCAAGCAAAUUGAAAUACGACAUGAUAAGGGAUGCGACAAAUGCGACGCCGUGGCUCUGAAGAACAACAUCGAUCAACUUCAGAAAAUUAACUACAAAUGCUUCUGCACAAGGUUUUUGGGAUACUUCAACGACCACCUGAGCAAAGCAGACUGGGAUAAUGAUAAAUGCCCAGGAGCAAAAUUGAACAAGUUCUUUAAGGAAGCUUAUGAUAACCUUCCAAGCUAAAGUUAAAAUUAAUAUGUAUAUGUACUUAAAUGUCUCGGUGCAAUGCCGGAUAUGCUUCUUUUUCAAUCGCUUUAAUAAAUUACGUAAUACAGUCUA